GCAAAAAAAAUGUAUUAAAAACUCGAGAAUGUAAAAAGUAAAAGGAACAAGAGAGAACGGUGUUGUCGAGUUCCCCGACUAUCAGAUACCCGUUACUCGCCCAGUGGAAGGAGAAGCUGAAAUUUCAACCGUUUUUGGAUGUUUUUUGGACGUGGCAAAGAGAUUUUUGGCAAAUGGAGAGAAGUUUACAAGACUAUAAAUCAAAAAAUAUAAAAACAUUAUUUAAAAGUGUGGGCGUGGCAGAGUUGUGCAGUUUGUGGGCGUUGCAAAAUGGGUCAACAAGCUGCGUCUCUAGGUUUAGUCCUUCUAGCUUUUAUAGUUCUUGAGAUCUUGACGUUCAUACACACGACAGACGGACAGGACCAAAUCGACUCGACUAUUGAUAUCUCUUAUAUAUCCUUAAUGUGGUUUGAAACGCUUUCUUCUACCUGUUUCAUACUUUUCAAAGAAUCUAGUAUACCCUUUUACUCUACGAGUAACGGGUAUAAAAAUACAGAACGUUGAAGAAAAAACACUGAAUUCGUUUUACAAUAUGGGAUAUACUUACAUAGUUUAUAUGCGGAUUAACCAUUUACCAUCCUUCCGUCAAUAAAGACCGCCACACCCACUCGAACGCCCACAUUCUACCAAAAAACUGUCUUCAAACCGCGAUAUAGAUCUAUAUCUUAGCAAAGAUGAUAAGAAUAAUGCAAAACAAGAUGUACUUGCUUUCAUCAAAAAUUAAGGAAUACAUUUUAAACUGCCGACCGAUAAGCCGUUAAUCCAAAACAAACAAUCAAUGACCAAUUCUGAGAUCGCUUAAUUCAAUAAACGAACUUCAGAUUGCACGAUUGUGAUUAGGAUUUCAACAGUAUCUAUUCGGACCACCUUCAAUCUACAUACCUUAUGGUCAAUCGACAUUUUUAUAAAUACUUCAUUAUGGCACUCGGAGAUGGUUAUCCUAUCGGGUCUAUCUGAAGUGUUGAUUCUGCGGAUUUGGACGGGUUGGAGGAAGUUGCAGAACUGUUAUUAUUUAUACUGAGUGUUAUCACACGUUCUUAUCGCCAUGAGAGCUACUGUAAAACUCUCGAUCCCUGGGGGAUUGAUAAGUUGGACAGGAGCACAUAUAAAACGCAAUGCGUCCAUACGGGCGGCAUUGUGAAAGUGAAAGCCAAAUAUACACCAUGAAGUACCUGCUCAGCAUUACCUUGCUGCUGGCCAUCGGGCUGCAGCAGAUCGACGGCCACGGCAUGAUGCUGUCCCCACCCAGUCGAUCCUCCCGUUGGCGCUACGAUGGAUCCGCCCCCCAGAACUGGAACGACAACGAGCUCUUCUGCGGCGGAUUGUAUACGCAGUCCAACAAUGGAGGUCGCUGUGGACUGUGCGGCGACAACUUCCUAGAUGCCCAGCCCCGUGCCAACGAGAUCGGAGGUAGCAUCGGAGGAGCUGGCGUGGUGACCAGAAGCUACGUGGCAGGCAAUUCCAUCACCGUGGGCGUGAAGAUCACCACCAACCACUUGGGCCAUUUCGAGUUCCACCUGUGCAACCUGGACGCCUUCGGUGGCGAGUCGGAGGAGUGCUUCGAGCAAAACCGCCUGCGAUUCCCCGAUGGAAGCGAUAAAUUGCACAUCGGCGUCCAGAGCGGCGAAUUCGACGUGACAGCGAUGCUGCCAGAGGGUCUUACCUGCUCUCACUGCGUCCUCCGCUGGACCUAUGUGGGUGCCAACAACUGGGGCAUCUGCGAUAGUUCCGGAAACGGAGCCUUGGGUUGUGGCCCCCAGGAAACCUUUAAGAACUGCGCCGAUGUAAGCAUCAACUGGGGUCGCAAUUUGGUCAAGGAAUUGGUCAGUGGUGCAGAGCCAGUGGCUCCCGUCGAGGUCGCCUGAAAAUCCAGGCUGAAAUAUUACGAACUGCCAUUUAUUUCUGAGAAUGCUAUAAGCCAAAUAGUCAGCCAAAGUUAUAUAAAUAAAUGAGUGAACAU